GGUUUUUGAAACUCAACAAAAGUCCAAAAAACAACCGCUUCGGGCCAGAAGAGGUCUUCAAAGAUAUUUUCACCGAGUUCUUCUAAUCCGGAAACAAAUUCUUCCUCAUACGCAAGCAUCAGCAGUAAUUUGUCUUUAAGGCAUCGCCUCCAAAGAUAAUCUGAUCAUCAAACAUCGUUACCGUGUUUGGAUCCAAGGCCCUGCCCACAGGCCUGCGAGGAGACACGCUUCUUGCAGGCCCAGACCUCCGCGCACUUGAGCGCUGACCUUGGCAUUUCCGCCCCGCGUUAAGGUCAGCGGCGACGUCCCCACGCCCCGGCAGUCUCGGGGCUUUUUAUUUCGUGUUGCCAGCGGCACCGCUCACGUGACCCCACGCUUCGCCGAGGUCUGAGUCAGCUGACCGGCGCCCACCGACGUCGCAGCGGGUGAUCUGAGAGCGGGUUCCCGGAGUUGGAGGGAAACUCGAAACUCGGAGCAAACCGCGGGGCGGGAUCGACGGCCGAGGCGCCGCGCGGGUUCCGUCCGACUGAGGGGAAGACGCCCAGGGCGGAACGUCCGGCGCGGCCCCCGCGCGUGCGUCGCUAGGGACGCUUUGGCCGAGGCACCGCGAUGGAUCAGGACGAGGGCCUGACGGCCGUGGACAACGUAGUCGCUCAGUUCGACACCUAUGAGGACUUCCUCGACUCGCAGAUCACUACGGUGGACCUGUACUACCUGGAGGAUGAAAGCCUGGCACGCCAGUUGGUGGAGCUAGGCUACCGAGGGACAGGAGAGGUGGUGAAAAGGGAAGAUUUCGAAGCAAGGAAGGCAGCGAUAGAUAUUGCAAUGCUGGCUGAAAGAACUCAGAAAAAGACAUUAACAAGUGCUGGUAAAGACCUGCAAGAUAAUUUUCUGAAGGCUUUGGCAUUGAGAGAAGAAGACAAUCGCAAUGGAAAAGUGAGCACUGUGAUCUUUAUUCGUGAUAGAAAUUCUCAUGGGCAGGAGGUGUCAGGAUACAUUGACUAUGCCCACAGGCUAAAGCUCGAAGAUUUUGAAGUUUAUUUUAGUGGAAAAAGAAGACUUCUUCCAAAACCUACAGAUAUGAGCUUUUACAACUGGGACAGUCAUAUUGCUGUUUGUAAUUCAACUCCCAAUUAUCAAGUGAUUGCUGAUAAUCCAGAAGGCUUACUUUUCAAAUACAAAAGAGACAGAAAAAUUCUCAAUGUGGACCCAAAGACUUUACCAGGUGACAACUCUACUAGAACUCCUAUCCAAACAGAACUCUACAUUCAAGCUGUUAUUUUUGACCACAUUUCCAGAAGAAAGACUUAACUACUAACAUGAUAGAUGGUCCCCUAAAGGCCUACUAAGUUUGAUUGAAUCCUGUAACCAGAAGCAAAUUAGAAUAAUAAAUGAAUCCUGUGGCUGGAAGACAAAUUAGAAUAAUAAAAGUUGAUAAAGAAUUUAGAAAAAGCAUAAUCUUUACUGUCUUUAUGUGG